AUGAAGCGCUUUGUCACACCAUUUUUGGCAACUGUGCCUUUGAGUCGUAACUUCUUUGGGAAAGGUUGGGAUAAUGCGGCGUUGGACACAAUUUUCAGCUGCAUGCUUCGCAAGCCCGAAGUAAAUGACCGCAUCAGAAGUCAGUACGCCUCGACGAUGGAUCCUCGUGAUGCCGAUGUUCUGCGUCGAUUAGGUGAAGUUGCCAAAGAAAACAAGACAUACAUUCGGGUGUUUCUUCCACCUCACUUGGGUGACCCACAUCGACUAUUGAAGUGUUACAGCCUCACAGCUUACCCAAUCCUUGAUGACAAAGGUGGACAACUUACUGUUGAGAUGGAUGGACACCACCUCGAGGCAUUUGCUGACCCUGAUGACGAUUAUGCAAAGGUGGUUAUACCACACAUUGAGCUCGUGGAUUUUUUGGCAAAGUCCCUUCUGGAGACCAUGAAGUGGGAGGCCACUCCCCGAGGUGCCGCCUCGCUUCUCGAAUCGCUUUAUCGUGGAGCGGAGAUACCAGAUCAUGUGUUCCAGACACCUGCUGUCAUUGAACGACCUGAGAUUUUCAAGGAUGGGAACAAAAUCAGUAACUAG